AUGAACAGCUACCAAUAUAACUUGAAGAUCGUGGGCGUUCCACUUAUCUCAGAAAGAGAAUCUGCACAAGACACCGCGGAGUUGUGUGUGAAGCUAUUUUCUGGCCUUAGAGUCGAUGUCUCCAUAUCAGAGAUCGGCAUUGCCCACAGGGUUCCACAGCGAGAUACUUCAACCGGUAAUGGCAACCGAAGACAACCGAACCCGAUAAUUUGCAAAUUCACUAGAAGGAUGACACGAGACACAGUGCUGGCGUCAAGAGGUAACGCCAGUCGACUAACUACCGAGGACCUGGAUCUCCCGUCCACUGCUGAAAUUAAUCGGAUUGCAAUUUACAGCCACCUCACGCCGAGACUACAAGAGCUGUUACAUUCAGCGAAGGCGCACCAAAACACAUACAACUACAAAUGGUGCUGGGCAAAAGGCGCAGCAAUCUUCCUACGCAAAACGGAUUCUUCUAUGACGAUUCGUCUGAGGUCGAUUGACGACUUAACUAAGUUAAGACUGCGUGAACGCCCUGAAGCUCGAUCGGAGGAUCCUUGCAGCUAA